AUGUCUCAAUUAAAUCAGAAGUUACAGUGUCUUGAAGUAUUAGAAAAUAGAGGAAUGAUCUCUAAUAUUGAUAAAGAAAAAAAACAAGAAGCACAGUUAGGUUUAUUAGAAGCUAUUGUUCAAAUUGUUUCUUUAGAUGGACAAGCUGAUAAAAAACGGUGUUCAGAAUUAAUACAGCUAAUUUCAAGACAGUAUAGUAGUAAAAAAGGAAAGCAACAUGUUAAAAUGGUGCCAGUAAAGCUUCUAAAGUUUCAAAAUUCAGCAAGAAGAAGCCAUGAUGAUACCUAUUUCUGCGCUGCUUUAAUAAGAAAUAUAAAAGAAAUAGUGUUAUUAUUAGGUCCCAAAAAUGCUUUAGUAAUAUCUCAAGAUGAUAAAGCACGAAUACCUCUCAGUUUAGCCACGGCCAACAAACAAA